AUGUCAGAGAAAGUGUCCCGUUGCGUUUUUUUCGCGCUGCUUCUCACCCUCCUAAUCGAUCGUUCCUCAUCAACAAGUCACUCAACGGAAAAAGCCCACUCUUCGCCGCCUCCAGUAACAAACUCCAGCAAUACAACCGCAAACAUAUGGCUGGUUGACGCUCUCAAAGAUAUCGCUUAUUACUUACGAGCGCACAAAUUCAAUGAAUAUGACAGGAGAUACGAACCCGACGCGAAACUAGCUCGCAGAGAGUAUUACCGGGGAUUCCCCCGACCCCCUUUGCGAUCGUUGCAUUGGGAGGUGCACAAGUGCUGCGAGCAGUCUCUGAUCGAAUGCGUCGACUAUUUGAGGAAAAGGGCGAGGAAAGCCGGGAUGCGGAGGAGUGACGAUACGACUGUUGUCAUCCAGGAGCAACACUGGGGAGAGAACAACACGCAACAAAUUGAAAUUGUCGAUAAAGAGUGCAGGAAAAUGCAGCAAGCGGAUGACGUGCAAGCCAAUCCGUUCGAAGGUCCUCUGGAACGCUUUCAGUGGCGUGUCACUGCAAGUUAUUACAUGUGCUGGUACACAAUGAAGUCGGAGCCGGCAUUGAGCCACCUUUCGGACAAAUGCGAUAAUUUCGCCGAUUGUCUGGACCCUGACUUCGGCCCGAAUAACGGGGACGAUCGCGCCAAUGAUGCAAUUCCGUACUCGUGCGCUUUCUACAGUUUCUGUCCGGAUCCCUGCUGUCCCAUCAAGCACCUGACUCGACCGGAAAACUGCUGGGACACGCCAGAAAACCCCUGCUUUGAAGCUAAUCCCCCGGGUCAGCGCGAAUGUGUCGUGGAUCGUCCCCAGAAUACCGACUUCAGUGACCUGAUUUUAAACAGAUGGAACGUGAGUUGCAAAUGUCGCGAGAAAGGGCUCGAGUGGAGCUCUUUCUAUGGCAUAUGUGUAGAUAUCGACGAGUGUGCCACAGGAGCACAUACUUGUAACCCUGAAAAGGAAACUUGCUUUAACUUGCCGGGGUCCUUCAAAUGUGUUUGUAAGUGGGGUCACAUUUUUAAUAAAAAGAGCAAAACUUGCGAGCCAAGUAAAGCACUAACUCAUUUAAUGCUGCGCAAAGAAGAAGAAGAGGAGGAAGAAACACCAGAAACGCUCUGGAUGAAAUUCUUACGUCUUUUUCGUGCAAAAUCGGCAACACGGCCAGUUUCGGUUCAAACUUAUUUGAUUAUCUUGUCUUGUAUUUGCAAUUAUUUUAAUAAACUACUAGUUCACUGAUUGUAUAAUCGGCAU